AUGUCAACCCAAUCUGUUCAAACUUUCGGUAAAAAGAAAACUGCCACUGCCGUUGCUCACGUCAAAAACGGUAAAGGUUUAAUCAAAAUUAAUGGUUCACCAAUCACCUUAGUCCAACCAGAAAUCUUGAGAUUCAAAGUUUACGAACCAUUAACUUUAGUUGGUUUAGAUAAAUUCCAAGGUAUUGAUAUCAGAGUCAAAGUCACUGGAGGUGGUCAUGUUUCACAAGUAUAUGCUAUUAGACAAGCUAUUGCUAAAGGUUUAGUUGCUUAUCAUCAAAAAUUUGUCGAUGAAGCUUCUAAAAAUGAAUUAAAAAAAAUCUUUGCUUCAUAUGAUAAAACUUUAUUAGUUGCUGAUUCAAGAAGAAUGGAACCAAAAAAAUUCGGUGGUCGUGGUGCCAGAGCAAGAUUCCAAAAAUCAUACCGUUAA